AUGGCGUCCUCCUCCUCCUCCUCCUCUGUCCCUCGUGUAUCCAAGUAUGACGUGUUCCUCAGCUUCAGAGGAGAAGACACUCGCAAAACCAUCGUCAGCCACCUAUACGCAGCACUUGAUAGCAGAGGGAUUGUUACAUUCAAAGACGACCAAAGACUUGAGAAAGGAGACCACAUUUCCGACCAACUCCACAUAGCUCUCAAGGGUUCCAGCUUCGCGGUUGUGGUUCUCUCCGAGAACUACGCUACCUCGAGGUGGUGCUUAAUGGAACUUCAGUUGAUAAUGGAGUAUAUGAAGGAGGGAACACUUGAAGUCUUCCCUGUCUUCUAUGGAGUUGAUCCUUCCACCGUCAGGCAUCAGCUAGGGAGUUUCUCUUUAGAACGGUACAAGGGUCGUCCAGAAAUGGUGCACAAAGUUCACAAGUGGAGAGAAGCUCUUCACCUAAUAGCUAACCUUUCAGGCCUGGAUUCAAGACAUUGCGUUGAUGAGGCUGUUAUGGUUGGAGAAAUUGCCAGAGACAUAUCAAGACGUGUGACACUGAUGCAGAAAAUAGACUCAGGCAAUAUUGUUGGGAUGAAAGCUCACAUGGAAGGUCUUAAUCAUCUACUGGAUCUUGAGUCCAAUGAGGUUGUAGUGUUAGGAAUCUGGGGAAUGGGAGGGAUUGGGAAAACCUCAAUAGCCAAGUGUCUCUAUGACCAGAUCUCACCUAGAUUUAGAGCUCGUUGUUUCAUAGAAAACAUCAAGAGUGUUAGUAAAGAGCAUGACCAUGAUCUAAAGCAUUUUCAGAAAGAAAUGCUCUGCAGUAUCCUCUCUGAUGAUAUUAGCUUAUGGAGCGUGGAAGCUGGAUGUCAAGAGAUAAAGAAGUGGCUUGGGCACUAAAAGGUUUUUCUUGUGCUUGAUGGUGUGGAUAAAGUGGCGCAGGUACACGCCUUGGCCAAAGAGAAAAACUGGUUUGGUCCAGGGAGCCGAAUCAUCAUAACAACUAGAGAUAUGGGCUUGCUGAACACCUGUGGAGUAGAAAACGUUUAUGAGGUUAAUUGCUUGAAUGAUAAGGAUGCUCUCAAGAUGUUUAAACAGAUUGCUUUUGAAGGACCUCCUCCUUGUGAUGGUUUUGAACAACUCUCAAUCCGAGCUACUCGGCUUUCUCACGGUCUUCCUUCUGCUAUCCAAGCCCAUGCAUUGUUUCUCCGUGGAAGGACGGCUGCUCCUGAGGUGUGGGAGGAAGCUUUAACUGCACUUGAAAGCAGCCUUGACGAGAAUACAAUGGAAAUCUUGAAAAUUAGCUACGAGGGAUUACCAAAACCACACCAGAAUGUGUUCCUUCAUGUUGCUUGUCUCUUCAACGGAGACACUCUCCAGCGUAUCAAUUCCCUUCUCCAUGGACCCAUACCUCAGAGCAGCCUGUGGAUAAGAGUUUUAGCUGAGAAGUCUCUCAUCAAAAUAUCAACUAACGGAUCUGUAAUCAUGCAUAAGUUGGUUGAACAAAUGGCAAGAGAAAUGAUCCGUGACGACACUUCUUUGGCUAGAAAAUUCCUCAGAGAUCCUCAGGAUAUUUGCUAUGCACUGACUAAUUUCAGAGAUGGAGGUGAACAAACUGAAUGCAUGUCCCUACACUCGUGUAACCUGGCCUGUGCAUUUUCCAUGAAGGCCAGUGUCGUUGGCCAUAUGCAUAAUCUCAAGUUUCUCAAAGUCUACAAGCAUGUAGAUUCCAGAGAGUCAAAGCUGCAACUCAUUCCAGACCAACAUCUCUUGCCUCCUAGCCUACGGCUAUUCCAUUGGGAUGCAUUCCCCUUGAGAACCCUGCCUUCUGAUGCUGAUCCAUAUUUUCUUGUUGAACUCAAUCUGCGUCACAGUGAUUUAAGAACACUCUGGAGCGGAACACCGAUGUUGGAGAGUUUGAAGAGACUAGAUGUAACAGGAUCUAAGCAUCUCAAGCAACUUCCAGAUCUUUCACGUAUCACUAGUCUUGACGAACUGGCUUUGGAACACUGCACAAGAUUAAAAGGCAUUCCGGAGUCUAUUGGGAAAAGGUCUACACUAAAGAAGCUUAAGUUAUCUUACUAUGGAGGCCUUAGAAGUGCCUUGAAGUUUUUUAUACGGAAACCUACAAUGCAGCAACACAUUGGAUUGGAGUUUCCAGACGCAAAAGUGAAGAUGGAUGCACUUAUAAACAUAUCCAUUGGUGGAGACAUAAGUUUUGAGUUCUGUUCAAAAUUUAGAGGAACUGCUGAAUAUGUUUCUUUUAACUCUGAUCAACAGAUCCCUGUCACAUCUUCAAUGAAUCUGCAGCAAUCACCAUGGCUCAUCUCAGAGUGCAACAGAUUCAACUCCCUCAGCAUCAUGAGGUUCAGCCACAAAGAAAACAGUGAAUCUUUCUCCUUUGACAGCUUUCCAGAUUUUCCUGAUCUUAAAGAGCUAAAGCUAGUGAACUUAAACAUCCGGAAGAUUCCAUCUGGGGUUCAUGGGAUCCAUAAGUUGGAGUUCAUAGAGAAGCUGGACCUCAGUGGGAAUGAUUUUGAGAACUUACCAGAAGCUAUGGUUAGUCUCACCCGGUUGAAAACUCUCUGGCUUAGAAACUGCUUCAAGCUCAAGGAGUUGCCAAAGCUAACACAGGUGCAGACACUGACUCUUACCAACUGUAGGAACCUCAGAUCACUGGUGAAACUAUCUGAAACAAGUGAGGAACAAGGAAGAUACUGUUUGCUUGAGCUUUGCCUUGAAAACUGCAACAAUGUUGAGUUUUUGUCAGACCAGCUCGUCUAUUUCAUUAAGUUGACAAAUUUAGAUCUCAGCGGCCAUGAGUUUGUUGCAUUGCCAUCAAGCAUCAGAGAUCUUACCUCACUGGUAACUCUUUGCCUUAAUAACUGCAAGAAUCUCAGAUCAGUGGAAAAACUCCCACUGAGUCUGCAGUUUCUUGAUGCACACGGAUGUGAUUCCCUUGAAGAAGCUGAUUCUGUAGAACAUUUUAGGGACAAACCAAACGAAGAGGUACAACAAAGAACCUUUUUCAAAGAAACUGAUAUGCCCUUUUAUGUACUGAAUCAUCAAGCCACAAGGAUCUGCUAUAUCAUCCACCUUCUCAAGAAUACAACUGCACUCAUGUUUAUAGGCAUUCCUAUCUGCAUCACGCUAGUCGCUGUUCUAGUUGCUUCUCUUCUACGUGUUUUCAAGUGAACUUCAAGGCUCAAAACUAAUGUGUAACCGCUAAGUAAUAGUGUUAUACAUUAUUUUGCAGAGAGCGCGACUGUGAUCAGUUUCACCACACUUCCUACAGGUUCUUUCUCUUCACCCUAUGACACCUUGUUUCAUGAACAAUCAAUUUGAUGUUGAAAACUUUCAAUAACGAUUAAUGAUAUUAAUAACAAUCACAUCAGUGCAUGUUCGGUAUCAGCUGAAGUUAGCUUAGAUCUACCUUGAAUUCACCUUUUGACAACAUCCUUGUCUUCUUUGGCCUGUAAUUGGAGGUGUUAGGAUUAGAGAUCCAAGUGUGUAUGCCUCUGGUGCAUGUGUCAUGUAAUCUCCAGCUGGAUGUAAUCAUGUAUAGAGGCUGACUUUGGUUGUGGUUCAACUAUUAAAAUAACACAUGUGUUUAUAGUUAGCAUACAAUAUCAAAUAUUAACAUUCAAUAUAAACUAAAAUGUCACAUACCUAUGGUCAGUACCAUACUUUAUCUACUACACAUAGAUUUUUCUUAAAUUUCUUCAGAUUUUCGAAUGUACCUAACAUAAUUUCCUAAUAAAAUGAGUGGAAAGAGAAUAUAAUAGCUGCAGACCUACAUCUAAAUAGUGACCUAAGAUUGUACAUCAAAAAAUCAUGCCAAAUCAAAUUCAUCUCUCCUUUUCAUGUUACAGGAAUGGGAACACAAUUAUCUACAGUGGAUGGGGAUUGUUUCUGGUAGUUAUCUAAUCUCUCAUCGAUUUGGGUAUAUUGACCCAAUUCACUCUAAAAAUAAUUGAUUGUUUGUUAAAAAGAAUGUCAACAUUUUGUCAUCUUCCUUUUACAAAAGUAAUCAUUUUGUUCUUUAUGUUUAUUUUUUUCUUCCAUAAAAGGUUUUAUAAUAGCUUUAUACAAAGUCACCGGCAGAGGAAGACAACCUCGAUCACGAGCGAUGGAGGAUUAAAAGAUAAUGUAUGAAGUUCAGAACAGUUUGACCUUAAUCUUAAAUUUAAACUUGAAAUUUAAUUAUUUUAAAAUCUUAACCUCAAACACUAUCUUAAAUCUACACCCUAAACCCAAAAAUUAAAUCUUACAUACAAAGUCAUAAAUCUAAUAUUUCAAACUUAUAAUAUAAAUUUUAUAUUUAGACUCUAAGAAUAUUCUAAAACUCAAACCAUAUACUUAAUUCUAAAUCUUAACCCUAAACCACCUAAUUCAUAUUAACCUACAUCAUAAAUUAAAUUACAAAUUUUAAAAAUUUAAAUUGUACUCUAAAUUCUAACACAUACACUAUAACUAUGAACUUUAAAUACAAAAUCUAAAUUCUAAA